AUGCAUCUCCGACCCUAUCGCAACCAAGACGCCAACGCGAUCGCCGCCAUCAAGGCACGCUGCGACUUGGCGGAUCCACUCGUCCUCUUCUACCGCCGAACCAGCAGCCCGGAUACGCAGCAAAAGGGCGACGACAAGAGAUGGCGAGCCCAUGUGAAAUCGACCCGGCGCGCGCUGUGUCUGGAGAUUCUGAUGCCGGGCAAUGUUUGUUGGGUUCUUGUGCUGGAUGACGAGGAUGUGGAGGCGAUCAACAACCAUCAAAACCAGCAGAAUAAGAAGCCUAAGCAUAGUAGUAGGACGACUAAUGAUGAGACGGUGGCUGGGUUUACGAUUUGGUCGCGGUUUGGCUCGUCGGAUAUGGCUCGGCGGUGGCAGGGGCACGGGGAGAAGCUCACUACUCGUGCCAAAGCAUUCCUCUCACACAUGAACUUGUCCAUCCAAUACCCCUUUGACUCCAGCAUAGACCGGCCACGCAUGGCACAGUUUAUCAGACAUCUCAAGACCGGGCCUUCUCCAGGUCCAUUAGAGAAGGAAAGAUGGGAGCUCGAGGCAAUGUACAUCCAUCCGCUUUACCAACGGAGAGGCUUUGGUGGAAAGGCGCUGGAGUGGGGGAUCGAGAGGGCUCAACAGGAGGAUGUGAGAAUCUGGGUCUGGAGCACAGAUGCAGGAAAGCCGUUGUAUUUAAAAAACGGCUUUGAUGAGGUUGGCAAGGUGGACUUUGGCGGCAUGAUUCCCGAUAGCGAGGGGGUUACGGUGUCUGUUAUGGUCUGGGGUAUUUGA